AUGAUGAAAAUGGAGAAUGAGGACAGUCGCACAGGCUCAAUUGGAAUUCAAAUUUCAAACCAAGAUGAGCCAAUUCUCCUCCCACAAGAACGUCCAAGCUAUUUUCAAAGAGUAUCAGUAACAUAGCUCAAAAAAUUAUUGAAAAAAGUCGAGCCUCCAGAAAGAUAUAUAAACUUCUCAGGUACGAUAAAUUAUACAUCUCCAUCAAAUGCAGUGAAGAACACAAAAUACAACAUUAUUACUUUUUUCCCGCUCUUCUUAUUUUACCAAUUCGGACAGCCUUUAAAUCUCUUCUUUUUAGUUAUCGCUCUCAGUCAAUUCUACCCUCCUUUACAGGUAGGGUUUCUUUUUACAUAUAUUGCGCCUUUAGCCUUAGUCACUUUUAUAACGAUGUCUAAAGAGGCUUAUGAUGAUCUAGUUAGGUGGCAGCGAGAUCGAGAAGUGAAUAAUCAAUUAUAUACAUGUCUCAGUCACAAUGGCUCCAAAAGAAUCCCAUCAGAAGAAAUCAAGGUUGGGGAUUUCAUUGAAAUCCAUUCUCAUGAAAGAAUCCCAGCUGAUAUGAUUUUAAUGCAAACUUCUGAUGAAAGCGGCACUGUUUUUAUCAAAACUGACCAGCUUGAUGGAGAAACUGAUUGGAAAUUAAGAAAAGCUGUUGUGUGCACGCAGAGGGUCAGACCGGAAAUGCAGCUGCUAAAUUUGGCAGGAGUGGUUACGAUUAAAGCUCCACAUAAAAAUAUAUAUGAAUUUGAAGGGAAAAUCGAACUUGAAAUAGGCGGAAAAAGUGUCGCUGAAGGGCUAGGGCUGGAAAAUACAGUAUGGUCUAGCACUUCGUUAGCGUCAGGAAGCUGCAUUGGAUUUGUGAUCUAUACAGGAAAAGAAACAAGAAGUGUAAUGAAUGGCAGGGAGCCUUCAAACAAGCUUGGAGCUACUGAUAUUGAACUCAAUAGGCUUGCAAUGUAUUUACUAAUACUCAUGAUCUCUAUGUCAUUUUUAAUUGUAUGUCUAGCAGGAUUUAGUGUCAAUACUCCUAUUUCCUUCUUCAGAUUCUUAUUGCUCCUUUCCACUAUUAUUCCUAUUUCUCUCAGAGUUAACCUUGAUUUCGCCAAAAUUUAUUACAGCUACCACAUCGCAAAAGAUCCUUUAACUGGCAACGCAAAGCCAAGAAACUCCACAAUUCCUGAAGAACUUGGCCGAAUUCACAUUUUAUUAACAGACAAAACAGGAACUCUUACCAAAAAUGAUAUGAUCUUAAAACGUCUCAGUUUUGAAUAUGAGAAAUUUUCAAUUGACGAUAAAGACAGUAUGGAGGAUUUAUUAAAAUUAAUGAACUUAAAUUAUCAGAACUGUCCAGCUCCCAUUGGCGAUUUUAAUCAAAAGAAAAAAAGAAAAAGAGAUACAGAUAUGGUUGUCAGAGAUAUGAUUACAGCACUCACCUUGUGCCACAAUGUUACCCCAGUGAUGGAAAAUAAUGAGCAGAUUUAUCAAGCAAGCUCACCUGAUGAAAUCGCCCUAGUCAAUUUCACAAAAAGCAUAGGUGUAGAGCUGCAUCAUCGAAGCCAAGAAAUGAUGAUAAUUAAUACACCAGCUGGAAUUGAAGAGUAUAAAAUUUUGCAGAUGUUUCCAUUUACAUCAAGCAGCAAGCGUAUGGGAAUUAUACUUUACCAUGAAGCUACAGAUAAUAUUAUUUUUUACUUAAAAGGUGCAGAAGAAGUUUUAAAAGAAAAAAUUGGCUCCCAGAUUUCCAGAACUCGAAUGAUUGAAGACUGUGAAAACUUAGCCCAAGAAGGCUUAAGGACUUUGGUGGUGUCUCAAAAAAUUUUGACAAAAGAAGAAUAUGAGGCAUUUCUUGAAAAAUUCAAUACUGCAAGGGUUUCUUUAGUAAAUAGAGAAAUAAUGAUAAGAGCCGCUAUCGAUACACUUGAAGUUGAUAUGGAAUAUUUAGGCGUCACAGGCGUUGAAGAUAAAUUGCAAGACAAAGUGGACAAAAGUAUUGCAAAAUUAAAAAAUGCAGGAAUUAAAGUAUGGAUGCUUACUGGUGAUAAAUUUGAGACUGCGAAAUGUAUUGCAAUUUCAACAGGCUUGAAAAAGCAUGAUCAGACUUUUUAUGAAAUUGUAAAUAUGUGUGAUAGAAAUCUGUUGAAAGAGACACUUGAUGAACUAAGACUAGUUGGAAACCAAACAACUGUGCUGGUUGUUGAUGGAAUUUCUAUUCAUAUUGCAUUAGAGGCCUUUGAAGAAAUUUUUGUACAAGUGGCCAGCCAGUUAGGAGGGGUUGUGUGCUGCAGAGCAAGCCCAACCCAAAAAACCCAGGUUGUAGACGCUCUGAAAAGAUAUACUAAAAAUAGAGUUUGCUCCAUCGGAGAUGGAGGAAAUGAUGUAGGGAUGAUACAGGCUGCUCAUGUCGGAGUAGGAAUUGAAGGGAAAGAAGGGAAGCAAGCCUCUUUAGCAGCUGAUUAUUCUAUUUCAGAAUUCAGACAUGUAACUGCAUUAAUUUUAUGGCAUGGGAGGAUGAGCUACUUAAGAACCUCACGAUUGGCGAAUUUCAUAUUCCAUAGAGGUCUUAUAAUUGCUGUGAUCCAGUUUAUGUUUUCAAUGAUUUUUUAUUAUAUUGCAAUUCCAAUUUAUAAUGGAUAUUUAAUGCUUGGCUAUACUACUAUUUUUACCUCAAUGCCUGUAUUUUCAAUUGUGUUAGACAAAGAUAUUGAAUAUAAAACUAUCAAAAAUUUCCCCAUACUUUACCAGACCCUCCAAAUGGGCCGUGCAUUGAAUUCUACUAGAUUUUUGCUGAUUCUAGUGAAAAGCAUAUAUCAAGGCUCAGUAAUAAUUCUUUGUGCAAUCUUACUAUUUAUUGAUGAUAGCUUUAUAAACAUCGUUGCAAUAACUUUUUCAGCUUUAAUUUUGACAGAAUUGCUAAACAUUGCAACUAUGAUUGAAACUUGGACAAGAGGAAUCAUAAUAUCAGAAAUAGCUGCAUUUACAAUGUAUGCUAUAUCAAUUUUAGCCCUUAGGAACUAUUUCGAUGUUAUGUUCAUUCUUACGCCUGAUUUCUUCUGGAAAGUCUUAUUAAUCACUACAAUUUCUUGGCUUCCACUUUAUUUACUUCUUCCAUUUAAAUUGGAGCCUAUGAAAUUCCAUAUAAAAAAAAGCGUAUCCAAUUAAAAAGAGGUUUAAUUUUUAUAAAAAAAUAUCAUAUUUGCUCCUAUUCAAAGGAGGAAGUUAGGUAAAUUCAUCAAAGACAAGCUGAUGCCAUCAAAAGCCAAACAAAUAAGGGAGAAUAGUUAA